AUGACAAUCCUUACUACAUUGGGUAUGUUUAUUAUUGAUGAGAAUCAAUACAUAGAUCCACCAGCACCAAAAAAAACCAAUAUCAUUGGUGGAGCGGGAACGUAUGCCAUAAUUGGAGCUCGGAUAGUCUCAUCACCCAAAUUAGGUCAUCAAAUUAGCGGAAUAAUAGACGAAGGAACAGAUUUUCCCGUCGAGGUCCAUAAAGAGAUAGAGUCAUGGCAGACAGGUGUUAUAUUUAGACGCAACAAUCAUCGAUUGACUACUAGGGGUGUCAAUACGUAUGUUGGAGGAAUUCGUCAUUUUCAUUAUCAGACAGAAAAGAGAAGGAUUCAGGUUGAGGAUGUCUUUCAAUACGACAAGUUGAAAUAUAGCAAGUGCUAUCAUUUAAUCUGCUCAAUUGAUAGAUGCCGCGAUAUAAUUGAACAAAUAAACGAGGUGAAUCCCAAUGCAAAGUACAUCUAUGAACCACUUCCUGACGAUUGUGUAGCAUCAAAUUAUGAUAAGUUACAGGGGCUACUACCAUUGAUUGACAUAUUUACCCCCAACUUGGAUGAAGCAAGAGCAUUCUUCAGAACAGAUGACCCUGAUUCGAGAGAACUUUGUUCAAAGUUCACCCAGUUUCAAAAAAUCCCUAACUCAGGCACUGUCAUUCGUUGUGGAGCCGAUGGAUGUUGUAUAAGUACUAUAGAUAGCGAACUGUUUAAACUACCAGCAUACCAUCAAAAUCAAGCUGAUGUAAUUGAUGUGACAGGUGGUGGAAAUUCAUUCUGUGGCGGGUUUAUAAUGGGUUGGUACUUAAGUCAGGGUGAUUGGCUAGUUGGUGGUAUUUGUGGGAAUAUUGCUAGUGGUUGUAUUAUUGAAAGAUUGGGUAUGCCUAAAGUAAGCGAAGAUGGAUGGAAACUCAAUGGUAAAAGCUUACGAGAAAGGGUGGAUACAUACCUACGCAAUAAUUCAAAACUAGACGUAAAACUAAAUUGGUUGUAA